CAAAACGUAAACAAAAUACAACCGGCGCGUUUUAUUAGUUAAACGUUUGCAUUUAAUUUUAACAGAUUACAAAUAUGCCAAACUGGAAUCAAAUACAAUCGCAGUUGCGUAGCUCAAACAAUCCUGUGGUAUUCCUAGACAUCGCCGUGGGCACAACUGAAAUUGGACGUAUGAUUUUUGAGCUGUUUGCAGACACCGUGCCACGAACUGCCGAGAACUUUCGACAAUUCUGUACGGGCGAGUAUCGGCCGGAUGGUGUGCCCAUUGGCUACAAGGGCGCCAGCUUUCACAGAGUCAUCAAAGAUUUCAUGAUUCAAGGCGGUGACUUUGUGCAGGGCGACGGCACGGGAGUCACCAGCAUUUAUGGCAACACAUUCAGCGACGAGAACUUUACGCUGAAACACGAUUCACCUGGCCUCUUGGCCAUGGCUAACAGUGGAAGGGAUACAAAUGGUUGUCAGUUCUUUAUUACAUGUGCGAGAUGCAAUUUUCUGGAUGGCAAGCAUGUGGUCUUUGGACGUGUACUGGAUGGUCUGUUGAUAAUGCGUAAAAUUGAAAAUGUGCCCACGGGACCCAACAAUAAACCCAAACUGCCAGUAACAAUAUCACAAUGUGGACAAAUGUAGAAUUAAAUUGUUGUAAUCUAUACAUAAGUAUAAUAAAGUUACAAUACAGUACAAUGCGAGUC